UGUUGUUUAAAUGAGGAAAAAUUUCUGUCAAAUUAGCUUAGUGGAAUUUCUGAUUGUUCGUUAUAAAGGCAGCGUUCAUAGAAUUGCUUUUUUUUUUUUUUUUUUUUUUUUUUUCCUUUGGGAACUGGAUUUAAGUUAAAAACUUUCCUGUUUCCUUUUUGUAUGUAUUUAAAUACAGUUAUUUUUCUUCUCUCAAUGGUAUAGCAUAUUCCUAUGCUUGAGAAGUAUAGGCUACUGAAGAACCAUUGUAAAUGGACAUUACAGGUAUGCUGUAUUUUUGAAGGUAUUUUGUCAUAUUAAGUUUGAUGACGCUAAAGUUAGGGAAUUCUGAGCAGAAUUGCGAGAAAAAAAAAAAUGUUUUAAAGGCUUUAAAACAUUAGGUAGGCGGUCGAGGGUGUUAACCAACAGGGGUUGUAAAGCAUUACACACUAAAUCCAGUUUUUUGUUCACCUUGCUGCCACGCAGCCGCCGCGGCAGCAGGGCGAGGAGCGGAGGCCUGGCAGGGCAGCGCCGUGCCCCGGCCCUGGCUCAGCGGCAGGUUUCGGGCCCUCUUCCCUCCAGGUUGCUCUAGCAGUUGUUUUUUUGGUCACGCGAACGACUUUUUUCUCCCCUCCCCGUCUCCUUCUCUCCAGAAGUUGUCAGACGCACAAAUUCUCUGACCUGCAGUCACCCACCCACCCAUCCAAAUUGAAAGGCCUAGAAAAGUGCUUAGCGCGAAUUGACUUUGCCAGUUAAUUCCUUUCUUUUUCCUCUUUUUGAACUAGGGCACUUGCUUUUAUCAUGCCGCACACCCCAGCAAUGCCAUUAUUUAUUCCUCUUCCUUUAUAAUAAAAACUUACGGGCUUAAAGUUAGGCAGCCAUGGUACACUUUGUCUCUGCUGUUUAUUCCCCCUCCCCCCUAAGGCCGAAGGGGAACAGAAACACAAAGUUUUCUCAACUCCACAGUAUUCAGUCAGCCCACAGGAAUAUGCAAAAUCCCUCUAACAUUUUUUUUUUCUUUCUCUAUUUCUCUUUGUUCCGUAUAUUUGCAGCUUUGUAGUAACAGUGUUAUAAAAUAUUUACUGUACAAAAAUACAAAAAACCCAGAUACAUAGCCUAAAACAGUUUUUUUUUCCUUGUGGUGAAUUUUUUUUAAGAAUGUCAGUUAAUAUUGUACUUUGCAUUGUGUCUCUGGAAAUAUCUUUUUUUUUUUUUUUUUUUUUUUUUUUUGGUAGAAGGCCUCCAUCGAACAAAAUUAAAACCAUAACCGGCAUGACAAUGUAAGGAGAGCUUCAAUGGCACCUAAACAAUAAAUAAAUAACAAAAUAAACCUCAUGAGGUCUGUUGGAGGCAGGUCUUGUGAAGUUAACACUGCCUGCUAGGCAGGAUUUUCAUUAAAUCAAGCUUACAAUGCCAAUUUUGUCUUGAAGUCAAUGCAUGUAUUACUGUUUGACAGUAAACCCAGCUAUGCCAUCAUCAAGUCCAAGGCUGCGCAAUAGUCUAAUUAGUAUCGAGUACAUUUUCCUUUUAUUUUUUCCAAUAAAAAAGCAGUGGGAUGAAAAUUGCUUUGAUAUAUAGCAGGUAACAUUGAAGCUAUUCCAUAGCACUUAACUGUAGUGAAUACUGUGUCACCAAUUCUGAAAUCAAUUUAAUGUUUAAUGCAAAUCCAUUACAUGGUGCUAUUACAGGCUGGCAAAAUGAUUUACAAAAAUGUGACAACUUGGGCUCAAUUCACUCUGCUUUCCAACAAUGUAAAUGCAUAGCAGUGUUUAUCUGCAUGAAAACUAUGCACUAAUCUAUCUGAAAAAAAAAAAAAAAAAAGAAAAAAAGAAAAGAAAAGAAUAUAUCAACUUUGGUAUCUACUUUCCGUUUACUUCAAUCCUUGCCUUUUUGGUCAUUGUUAUAAUGCCAGCUUUAGGACAGAAAGAGUUAUAAGAAAACCAGCAUAAUACCUGAUAUAUUAAAAUGUAGUGCCUGUGAAAUCUGUAUUAUAUUGCUCUUCUGAAGUAAGAUUUUUCUACACCGGUAGCCUUCGCUGUCUGUCAGAACCUUCUGAUAUAGGUGAUGUAAAAUAACCGUACAAUAUUAAUGCAUGCUAUUCCAUAAUGCUUAGUAGCUGUAUGAAUAUUACUCAAAGUUAUGUUAGUCUUUUUUUCUGACUUGGUUCUUGUCAGAUAGGUUUAAAGAUAUUUCACUGAGAACGCAAAUUCUGUCUUUUCUUGAUUUGGGGUGUUUUCAGUAUUUUGGAGGUAUACAUUUACUUAAAUUCAGUAUUACUUGUGUUUUGUUUUUUUUUUUUUUCUUUUUUUUCUUUUUUUUUUCCUUUUUUUUUUCUUUUUUUUUUUUUUUUUUUUUUUUUCCUAGAGGGCAGGACAUGGUGUUUGAGACCAGAAAUCCGUGCCUGGUAAGAUUUUCGUCUCAAAAAAGCUACCCUAAGAAUUCAAAGAGCUUGCUCUGAAGAACAUACCAUAAAGUUCAAAUUUUAAGGGACAGUCCUUUAAACCCAGAAAUGAGAUUGAGCUCGUCUUGCGAGAGAUUUCUUAAUGGGCAGCGGUUAACCAGGUACCCAUGCUUGACCCUUCUUCACACCAGACUUCCUCAUAUAGAAGAAAAACCCUUAAAAAAAAAAAAAAAAAAAAAAAAAAAGAAAGAAAAAAAGAAAAAAAAAACUCAUGUGGUUGUUUAGUUUCAUGCACAGUUGCAAUAUUUUUCUUCAGACAAACUCUGUACAAACUUUGGGCCCGAUUCAUAAAAGCUCAUUUGCUAUUAACACGGGACUCUGGUGGGCUUUUCUCCUCCAAAUUUCGGAUCGCUUUCUGUCCGAGGACACGCUCUGGCCGGUCCUUCUUACCCCAGCACGCGUGCCUGCUCGCUUUCCUCUCCUUCCCCUUCCCCUCGCCACCUCCCCUAACUCCAAACGAGAACAAAAAUCGAUGGGUCGCGGGGCCGCGGAGGCAGGAGGGGAGGAAGCGCAGGCCCAUGCUCCGACACCUCGAACGCGAAGGCGUGCAAGAGAAAAGGGGGAGGCAGCGGACGGGGACGACCCCGAGCCGCGCUCCGACCCUUGCGAGGUUUUGUAACGUUGAGGUACACGCUGCUCGAUUACAAAAGAGAUUCUGUCUGUACCAGAAAAACGCGCUAGAUUGCUACCUCUGAGCUCUAGAGAAAACCUUCGUAAAGGAGAACACUUGUAUACAAUGUGAACUUUUGUACUUUGUACGCUUUUUUUUAGGGAAGACUAUUUUCCACUUAGUUAAUCUUCUAUGCUCGAGCAUGAACAAAAACAAUUGUGUUCAGUGAAAUCCCCCCCCUUUUAUCUGCAUCCACAAAUUAAUAUGAGGGAAAGAAAAAAAAAAAAAAAAAAAAAAAAGGAAGAUGAGUUUCUAGACGGAGCAUGGUAGGAAGAGAGUCCCAGGCUUGGCAUCUCUGCCUUGGCCGCUGCUUGCUCUCGCUGCGGGCAUCCCUUGGGGGAAAGGGCUGCAAAAUUCCUUGCUUGGGAAACACAAUCAAGGAGAAAGCCCCGCUUUGGAUGGCUCAGCGGUUUCUCCGCGCAGUUGAGCUUUGACCUAGCCUUGGCCCGCUUUCUGAGACUGGUCCAGCCAAGUCCCUCGGUGUCGCUUUUAAAUCCGGGGCACUAAAAUUUCCACUGGCCGCGUGAAAGAUCUGCUGCAAAUUCACUUGACACCCGUGUUAAUACCAUGUCGUGUUCAUUUUUUUAUGAGUCAGGCCCCUCGUGCCUCUAGUAUACUUGUAUUGACUCUCAUAGUUACCAUUUUAGUUUUACUGUGUUCUGUGAAAAAAAUUGUAAUUGGUUGAGAAUCACUGUGGGCAUCCAUUCUUAUUCAACUAAGUCUCCGCAGGUUUUUUGAGCUGGUGUGGAUUAGUUUAACUCUUGUAUUCAACCAUUAGUGCUACCACCUUCUCACAUUACAAUACAAUUACUGGAAGCAAGUACUGCAUUUCCUAUGCAACAAAAAAGGAAAAUAAAAAAUUGCUAAUGCUAA